UACAAUAUGAAACACAUUUUUUUGCACGAUGUACGAUUUUGGCUGUGAGUCACUGUAUGCAUAAUAUACUGCUUAAUAUAAGGGAUAAAUAUAAAUUGUUUACGCAUAAUAUCGUAUACGAAUGUGCCCUUGUUUAAUACUUAAUCUUUCAGAAAUAUGUGUGAUACAUCCAAAAAAAUGAAAGAUACAAGUGUCAAAAACCAUGUGCAAAAUGAAUCGACGGAAAAACAAAGUGUUGAUAAAAAAGAGUCUACAUUAAAGAGUACGAACGAAGAUGUACAACGUGCAAUCGAAGGUUUAAAAGAAAUUCCAGAUGAAGAACUUCAAGAAUUUCUUGACGAUGAAGAUUUCAUGGAAGGCUUAGAUGUUGUUGAUGCUUGGGAAGGAGAUGAAGAAAAGAAAGAAGUUGAGCCUAAGGCUUCUCAUAUCAAGGAUCAAGAACAAAAACGUCCUUCUAGGGACAGACAUCGUCGUGACUACAGAGGAUCCUAUAAUCGUGAAAGACCAAAGAGAGAAGAAAAAAAACAUGAAGAAAUACGCCGUGACCCUUCUAAAAGCACAAAGGAUAUAGAGAGGGAUAAAAUUCGUACAAAAAGGGACAACGAAAGUAAACUUUUAGCUGAGAAGGAAAAAGCUAUUAAGCAUCUGUUAGAUUCUGAUAAUGUUGUUCCACCGGGUACAGAAGUUGAAGCCAUUCAAAGUAUCGCAGAGAAACAAAGUCUGGAACAAGCGCAGAUGCAUAUCCGUAGAAGUCGUGAACGACGUAGGAGUUUAGAACGCCAAGGAGGAAAUUCAUUACGACGUAGAACUCCAGAUAGAAUCAGAUUAAAUUCUCUAAACUCUCCUCGUCGAAAAUCCCCAUUAUUAAUGAGUCCAGAACGCUGUAGAAGUCCUUUCAAGAUGAGUAUCGAGAGACAUCGAAGCCCAAUGAGAUUCAGUCCGGACAAAAGAAGAAGCCCAAGAUUUAACUGUGUCCGUAGAAGUCCGUUUGCAUUCAGUCCAGACCGACGAAGAAGCCCAGUUAGACGUCUUAGUUGGGAACGAAGAACAAGUGCAGAUAGAAGAUGGAGUGCCGAACGACAUAGAAGACGUACAAAUAUACAUGAACGCCGAAGAAGUCGAUCACGGGAUCGGCAACGAAGCCGCAGUAUGGAACGCAUUAGAAGAAAACUCAGCCGAUCACCAAUUAGACGUUACAGUCCUCGUCGACGGAGUCGAAGUCGGAGUAGAUCGAUAGAACGUCGUACAAGAAAGCGGUCGCCUUUUAUCAAUGAACUUACAAGGCAACUAAGAAAUGAAGCAAUAGUAACAUCACAUAUAAAUACUGGUUACGCACCCCCUCCAUCAAUGGAUGGCAUAUCACCAAUGAUGAAUACUGUUCCAUAUCAACAAGAAGGAGAGUCUAGACCACCGCCAAUGCCUAUGCCACCUUACAUGCAUCAAACUGGAUUACAGCCACCACCACCGCCUCCAAUGUCAUCAGGUGUUUCAUCGAGUGGUCCACCAUUUAUCAACUUCGAAAAUUCAUCUCAGCCAAUGAAUUUUGAACCUGUAUCGAUACAUCCGUUACCUCAAACUGAAUACGUUUCUGGCCCAGUAAUGUACAACCAACCAAAUACGAGUUCAAUUCAACCUACGCAUCGACCACCACUUCUUCCAGCACCAAUAUCUUCACCACAACCAGAACUUGGCGCAGGAUCCAUGGAACAUCCACCAGCAGCAUAUAAUUCAUCGCAUGGGAUUCCCGCUACGCGACAAUCACCAAUUCAAAAUUUUGAAUUUUCAAAUAAAUCUAGAGAGAAAAUAUCUCCAUCCUACAGGGAACGUAGUUUUCGAGAUUCUUAUAAUGGAUAUCACCCUUCACAAGAAGAACGACUAAAGACUCCUGAACCACCAGUCAUCUCUGAUACAAAACAGUUUGAAAAAACGAGUUUAUCCAGUCUAUUGGAAGCAUCUGUUUCCGCGAAAGAUUCAGCUACUUUACCAGUCUUAUAUCCAGGAUUCAAACCUGAAAUAAUGCGUCAUUGUGAACAUGCCCUGCGUGAACUUCCUACGGAAGAUCCCCGUUUAAAGAUGAAGGGGCGAUUCUUCUAUGACCCUAUAAAGCAAAAUGUGCAAAAUGAGCAAGAAGAAUAUUCAUCAAACUCUAUACUUUUGCAACGGAGUAAGAGCAAGAUCUAUUGGGAAGAGGAAGAAAGUCAACAUCUUUCACCAGUAAAACAAAAUGUACAAAUGCAUCAAAAAAUUUGUCAAACCGAUGAAAUAGAAACAAAUACAAAGUUUGUUCAAGCAACUGUUACCAUGGUAGACUUUGAAGUACAAGUUUAUCCUCAAGAUUUACAACACAUUAAUAAGGAAGAAAAGAGACCCAUUAUGGAUCGUUUAGAUUGGAAUGUGCGUGAAACAUUCGAUUAUACACCUAAAUAUCGAGAAGCGGAUGAUCUAAGAUGGAGUUUAAGUAAUUCGUCCCAAAAAAGACCUUGGAAUAGAACAGUAUCCCCUCCUAGAAGAAACGAUGAUCGUGAUCAUCGUGUCGAUUCCGCAUCUUCUAUAGAUCACAAUUCAAGAAAUUUGAAAUUAGGAUCACCGAUAAGGAAUAGGGAUAGCUUUUCCAGUCACAAGGGAUCUAUGCGAGAUCAUUAUGUUCGUGAAAGAUACUCGCCCAACUACAGGCACUCUUUAAACGAACGUGAUGAUUUUCAUGAUAAUAGAAGUGAUCAUAGUCGUGGUGAAAGCCCUAUGAUGUUAGAAGAUUCUGCAGACGAAGAACUAGAAUUGGAGCAUACAUUCCAAAGAGGACCAGAUUGGCGUGGAAGAGGAAAAAUGUUAAGAGGUAGAUCAAGCCCUCUUAUAAAACCACAUAUAUAUAGAGGAAAGCAUUCUGGAGGAAGACCUUAUCGUGGCCGUGGAGGAUAUCGUGGAAAAUUUUGAACUUAUUUGUGUAAAGCACAAAUUUAUAAUAUUGUAGAAUUACAUAAUCAAAUAUACCUAUGUAUUAAAGAAGUUAUCAUCUAUUCUUACAGAAAAAUUUUUUAAAUCAACAUUAAUUUGUUUUAUUUAAAAAUUUAAUUUUAAAUCGUAUCAUUUAGUAAUAUGUUUGAAAUACAGAUCGAAUAUGCGCAUCAUAUAAAAACAAAUGAAUGUGAAUAUAUGCAAAUACGAUAUUCAAACCAUGUUUAUACAAAUACUUACUUCAACAUUGCACUUAAAUUCAAGGUAAUUUUUGCAUAACGUUUAUUGAAUAAACGUUAUAUGGGACAAUACACAGUAGUGCAAAGAAAGCUACUAUUAAUGGUAUCAAAGUAGAUUACCAGAUUUGUAAAAUUAUGUGAUAAUUGUACAAACUAUAAAUGAUGCGCCUUACACGUUAAUAUCUUGUGUUUUAUGUAAAUGUCAAAAUCAUCCUAUGUAUAACUAAAUCAAUUGAAUACGACGACCAAGAAUUAAAAGCAUAUAUUAUAAUCAAAUAGAUUAUCUUCUAUUAAUUUGAAAACUGGGGUUUAAUCAUCAUAUAAAAGUAUAUAUUUCAUGAAAUAUGCUAAAUGAAAAAAAAAUACAGAAACAUUUUUCUGUAUUUUGUAACAAGCAUCCUUGAUUUAUUAUAUGUUUAUAGGAUAAGUACGAAACAUAUUUAAAAUAUAAUAUUAAUAGUUAAAUUAUUGAAUGAAUUAGCAUUUUAGUUUAAACGUUGUGUUUGAAAUAUAAUAAUUUU